AUGCCUCCGUCCCCUAAACAACCUCUUGGACUUCGUAUUAAGGAACUAGUUCAGCAUUUCCAAUUUUUCUGGUGGAUAGGACAUUGUACGGUUGUAAUUAGUACAGUUGCUUAUUUCGUCAACUUUGUUCUAUGGCGCUCUGAGGAGGCAGCGUGGUGGUAUUAUUGGGCUUAUCGGGGCGCGAUAUUAAGUUAUGGGAUUGUUGUCUACAAGUCAUAUGGGCUUCCUUCUUGGGAUUGGGAUUACAUUAGGAGUAUCAAUCGGGAUGAGAAUAUAUUCUAUCUUGCAUUGGCUCUAGUAUGGCAUUCUUAUCCACCAAUUAUAGCUGCAUCAGGCCCUCGAGCUGGGACUAAGCCUGCUUUAAGUGGUCUCUCAAAGUCAAUCCAGACUUGGGUCAAUACUUACUACGAGGGGGCCAUGCGAAUAGUGAGCUUCACUGAAGUGGUUGUUAUUACAGCAUCAUUGAUUUGGAAUAUAAUUCUGCUCCAAGUGCCGUUAUACACGCUUCUUAUCUACGGCUUCUUUUUGCGAAUCAGAUAUCAUAUGAAUCAAUACACUAAACGUACAUUCUCUGAUCUUGGGCAGAGGUUUGACACUUGGCUGCUGCCUCCUUCGGCAGAUCCGAGAAUUCCGCCAUAUGUAACAAAAGCAUAUCGACAUGCAAAGACGGCAGUUGCGUGGUUCGGACAGGUACACCCCGUGCGACGAUAA